AUGGCUUUGGAGUAUCUGGCACCUGAACUACUAUCCAUUAUUCUGCAAAGCAUCGAUUCACCUCAUACCUUACAUGACCUAAUCUCAGCAUCACCAGCUUGUUUGCGAGUGUUUAACCAAACGUCGCAACAAAUACUAUCAAAUCUCGUUCAGAACACAAUACCAUCUAUCAACAAACGGCAUAUACUUGCCCUUCUUCAGGCACCUACACCGGCGACCCAAACUGGCGUCUCAUCAUUUCUGGACAAGUACUUUGAUGAAUCCUUUUCGUAUGUCUUUCCGACCGAUAGAGCAGGCAUCGUCAAUGUUUUGAAGCUCUACAACCGGGUGUCGUUUCUCAUCAACGGAUAUCUAAAUCAUGUCCGAAAGCUUGGUUUUGGCGACUCUAUUCUUACACCAACUCGGUCUGAAGUCGCUAGACUACAAAGGGCAUUCCUACGAUAUGGUGUCUCUGCGUGCGUUUUCCCUGCUGAUGACACACUACCAUGGGAGGACCCAUCACCGAACCAUGAUUUCUCUGCUCAGGAACAAUUCGACCUAUUCAUUUCCCGUCUGAAGCCUUGGGAAUGUGAAGAAAUAGUAUGUGUCGAGCAAUACUUUUCCAUUCUCAUAGGCAACUUUGUCGACGAAAUGGAAGAACAGCUGGCCGACGCCGUCAAGAAUGUGCUUGUAUGCGAGGCGCCAAUGUCGAAAGAUGAUGGUAAAGACGAUUCAAGAGAUACCAGUGGCAAAGACAACCUCCGUCGUUUUGACGCUCUUGACCUUACUAGCCUUUCCAUUUUCUCUCACGACUACAGGUAUCGGAUCCACCAGAAUAUCAGUUAUAUGGCCUCUUUGGGUCUGGAAUUUAUGUGUGACCUGAUACGAUCAGAUCCAGAAGAACGUUCAAAGCUUCUUCGCUCCAAUUCUCCUAAUUUCCGCGACUCCUUGGAAGAUGCGUUAAAGUUCUCACCUCCCUCGGACAGGAACGAAGACGAUGAAGAGUCAGAAUGGGAAAAUGACCCGUCCUGCAAUAAUCUUGGUUGGCCGCGUUUCGGGAUGCGAAGCCAGGGGUGGCUGUAUCUACGCAUCGAUACUUGGGGAUAUCAUAUGUUACCGUUGCGAGAACUGGGAUAUGUCUUCUGGGAUUCUUCCAGGAUGAACCAUAUGGCGGUCUGCGACAAGCUAUUCGCAGCGCAGAAAAUGUCAUCGGAGAAGAGAAAGAAACGAUUUGAUCGUCGGGAUAAAGAAACACUUGAGCAUAGGUUCAAGGGAGCCAUGAUCCCACGAAGUGAGAUGAAACGACUCGAGAGCGAGUUUGGGUACAUCAAGCGGCCUAUGGAAGAGAGUUAG